UUAAAGAGUACAAUUUUGAAAAAAAACUACAUUUUUUAUUCUAGGGUUGUUGUUGUUGUUUUUUUUUAUAUAAAUAAAAAAAAUCAACACCAUUCUUGGUGUAUUUCCCCCUCACCCGACCCCACAGCUCUACCUACUCGCCGUAAAGCAUAUAUACACACAUAAAUACAUACAUAUAAUACAUAAAACAUAACUAUAAAAACAGAAAAAGAUGAGUAAAUAGAAGUUAACUAUUAUGAAAAUAAAAUGGCGUUAAGAAGAAAAGUCACAUGAUUUCUUAAUUGGAUAAUAGAAUAAAAUGGCAACUGUUAAAAGUCCCAUUAAUGAGAUGGAGUAUGGAGAUUUCCUUAGAAAAUUAAAGACAAAUAAGUACGCUUAUCUAUACGGUGGUAUUUCAAAAAAUGGCUUACCUAUACUUGUUAUCCCCGAUAAUAAGCAAAUAAUCAAUCGUAAUGAAUUUAAAUACUUGUUAAAAUUUAUGACAACAACUUUAAAAUACUCUUUUGAGAAUUGCAAUGUUGAAACAUUUACUAUUGUAUUAGACCGAAGAAAUUCAAAAUGGGCGCAUGUUAGGGAAUUUAUUAAAGAAUCUAUUAUUACAAAUUCAGAAUUAAUCAAUAUGGUUCUUAUUAUAAAACCUAUAGGAUUCUUUCAAAAGUUAUCAAAUUCAAAUUUAGAAAGAUCAAAUGCUAUUAAUAUACAUAAACUUGACAAUACGGAUCAAUUACAAAAGUUCAUUUGUAAAGAAAACUUAACUAUUGAGUAUAAAGGAAAUAUAAAAUAUGAUUUCUACAUUUGGAUUGAUUGUUUAAAGUUUAUGAAUAAAAUUCGAUUAGAAAUUUCGGAAAUUGAAGAGGAAAUUAAAAAUUAUCAACAAUUCGUUCUAAAAUGGUUGAAUCUUAUAAAUCCUGAUUUUAUUGAAAAAGGUUUAAAUGAUUUUGAACAGUUUAUUGAAAGAAUUAAAAUGAAAUAUGAAAAAUUGGAUGGAAAUUCAAUUAAUUUUGUUAAAAAUAUACAAAAAAGUAAAGAUAAUCCACCAUAUUUAUCGAUUAUCUCUAAUCAUAUAGACAGUUAUAAUGCAAAAAUACGAGAAGAUAACAAACAAUUCCUGAAUAUUUGCGACACAAAUCGCAAAAGCUUGCAAAACAAUUUACAACGUCAGAAAUGGAUAAUUCUAUACGAACAAGUGGUCGUUCUGAUUAAAGACUUUGAACAAUUGCAAGUCGAUGACCUAAAUAUUGAAGAAGAAUAUAAUUCGAUAAAGGAUAAAUAUAAGGAGUGCAUCAGUCAAAUUGAACACUGCGAAAAUGAAUCGAAAAAACUGGAGGAAAAAUCGACUAAACACGAAAAUUUACAAGAACUAAGGUCUCGAGUCAUUGCUCAGCAUUCAACUUAUUCAAAACGAUACGAGCAGACUGUACAGGUUAAAUUAUGCCUUGCCAGUGCAGAACCAUUAGAAAAAUCAUUUGCAGCCUUCUUAAAAACAGUACCAGAACUAUUAACGAAGGAUACCAAAGGAUUAUGCCGCAUCCUGCAAGAUGUCGAAUCACUGAUUGGCCGUCGAGAUAAAUUCUGCCAAGAACAUUCUAAAGUGUUGGAAUCUAACGAUUUAACGGUUGAUUCGGGUCUAAUCAGUAAAUUAGAAGAUUUUAAAAAGAUCUUGAGGAAAUAUUACGCUGAAUUAGGGCAAGUUAAAAUGGAUAUUGGCAAUCUAAUUAAUCACGCAAAAAUCGAAGCCGAAUGGAAAGUUAAUAGACAUUCGAACGACGGGAAAAGGAAAAGGGAUAAGAAAGAUAAAAUAAGGAAUCUUUUACCUUCAACAAUAGAAUUAAUACCAAGAGAAUUACAUUUGAAAGAAUUCGAUGAAUUUGGUAAUAAAUUAACAACAUUACAAAAAUCUAUUACCGAAUUAAUAGAAUCAGAAAAGAAAUACGUUGCCGAGUUACAAACAGUUAAAAAACGUUAUAUAGAAAAUAUACAAACUCAACUAAGAUCUGUACCGAAAGAGUUAAUUAACAAUAAGUAUAAUAUAUUCUCAAAUUGGGAAGAAUUAUUGGAAUUUCAUGAAACCAAAGUUCUAAAAGUCUUUGAAGAAAAUAGCUUGAAUUUGAGUAAUCUCGCGUUUCACCUUUAUAAUAUCGCUUCGAACUUUGGUAUUUAUCAACGUUAUUGUAGAAAUUACGUUAAAAAUCGAGAACUUAUUGAAAAAAUGGAAGAUCAUGAGUUUUUUACUGAUUUUUGCCGAAAUCGCUAUGGUCCAACUCAAAUGGAAUUUGUUAUGUCUGGUGGUAAAUUAAAGAGCUUGAGCGCCUAUUUAUGUUCGCCCUUUUCUCGAUUUGGUCAAUAUGUAACGAAUUUUGAGCGUAUAUUGAAUAACAUGCCAAAGGAUAGCGAAGAGUUUGAAGCUAUGAAAUUGGCUGUUAGGACUCUAUCCGACGAAGUAAGCCUAAUAAAUGAUUCGGAUUGCGUGAACGAUGUCGUAGAAGUAACGAAAAAAGUGUCGUUGCCUUUCUCGAAAAGACGUGAAAAUAUUGGGGAAGUCAGGGAUAUUCUUCUAUUCAGUAAAUGCUUGAUUAAACCUCGUCUAUUCAAAAUCCACCAGAAAGAAACGAAUUCAAAACAGCCCGAUGUUGUUCAUAAAACUUAUAGAACUGUGUUCCUAUUCCAUAAUGCUUUAAUAUUCGCAAGUAGGCCGGACGAUAGGAAAUAUCGUUUUAAAGGUUCCAUCAAGUUCAAUGAGGAUCUACUAACAUGCUUUUUGAAUUUGGGACCUCACGGCAACCCUGCUACCUUUGUCUUCCAAUUACAAUAUGGACGUGAAUUAGAAAUUGAUUGUGAGAGAGACAGUUAUAUUUUUGAAAAGUGGGCCUAUAGUCUUGAAAAAGUUGUACCCUCCGAUAAGUUAAUUAUGCCUCCGAAUUAUUUGACACUGCCCGUUAUUGCUGAUAGUGAACGGCGGCAAACGGAGAAAUUUUUCCGGAACGUUACCUCACCUAGUCAAUAUUCUUCUUUGAGUUCCGGUUAUUCAUCAGAAAUAUCUCCAUCAACUAUCAUUUAAAGGAAGCAGAAAAUAUAUAAAGUAUAUACUUAUAUAUAAAGCUAUAUAAAUAUUUAAAUAUGGAUCUAGUUGCUUAAAAAAAGUUAUGAAAUUUUUUCCUAAUAAAGCUGUAAGACAUAAUUAAUGCGUAGCGUUUCCAUAGUGACGCCAACUCGCGACAUUUCCCUUUCGCUAAAUCUCUGCGCAGACGUCUAUGUUUGCGUAAUUAGAACACAAUGAAUGUUGUUUCGGUGACAGUUCCGUCUAUCCUCAUUUACUCGAUUGCAUGUUACGCUAGUAGUAUAUGCGAGGAUGGAGGAAAAGAUGCCGUUGUCGGAUGCUGGAAUAAAUUGUUAAUGAAGGUUGGUUAUGAUCUGACUAAGCAAUUAAACAAGGAUAUUGGAAAGAGAAGAAAACGUACAAUAUCAACCUACAAAGAAGCAAAUUGCCCAUUCACAAAAAUGCAUUUUUAUAAUCUAACUGAAUGCUUUGAAGACAUUAAGAAACAGUGCGGAGAGAAGAGUCUACAUUUAAUAUGCGAGAUUAAAGGAAAUUUCUAUUCGUCUUUUCAACAUUGUUCCUACAACACUUCUGAUGCUCUGCGUUGUCGUGGAGUUAGAUUUAAGACAAUUAUGUUACUAUAUUUCAUUCCAUCUCUUGUAAGAUACCUCUUAUAAAAUUUUCUACUUUCUAUAGUAUAUAGAGU